GAAGCAGUCGCUGUUUCGGCCAUAUUGAAAUUUAUGUAAGCAAAGUUUUAAAAGAUGGGAACUCUAGCGAAGAUUACACCUGUUUUUCGUUGCGCUCUUGUUCCAAAGUCUUGCCUACCCUCUCUCUCAGCUGUAAGGCACAAUACAACUGCCACCAAGAAGGAGGAAAAGACAGUCUUUGGACCCUUGAAGGAUGAAGACAGAAUAUUUACCAAUUUAUAUGGCCGCCAUGACUUUAAACUGAAGGGAGCAUUGCAGAGGGGUGACUGGUACAAGACCAAAGAGAUCCUGUUGAAGGGACAUGAGUGGAUUCUGAAGGAGAUCGUAACGUCAGGUCUCCGUGGCAGAGGUGGUGCAGGUUUCCCAACUGGGAUGAAAUGGGGAUUUAUGAAUAAACCAGAUGAUGGGAGGCCAAAAUACCUAGUUGUAAAUGCAGAUGAGGGGGAACCUGGCACAUGUAAAGACAGAGAAAUUAUGCGACACGACCCGCACAAGCUCGUUGAGGGUUGCCUGGUCGCAGGUCGGUCUAUGAUGGCACGCGCGGCGUACAUUUAUAUACGUGGAGAGUUCUACAAUGAGGCAUGUGUGCUUCAGCAGGCAGUCAAAGAGGCGUAUGAUGCUGGUUUAAUUGGCAAGAAUGCCUGUGGUUCGGGUUACGACUUUGAUGUCUACGUGUUCAGAGGAGCAGGAGCCUAUAUAUGUGGUGAAGAAACGGCCCUGAUUGAGUCUCUAGAAGGUAAACAGGGCAAGCCGCGACUGAAGCCCCCGUUUCCAGCAGACAUUGGAGUAUUUGGAUGUCCUACCACAGUGUCUAAUGUGGAAACAGUGGCAGUAGCUCCUACCAUAUGUCGCAGAGGAGGAGACUGGUUUGCUAGCUUUGGACGAGAAAGAAACAGAGGAACUAAGUUGUUCAACAUCUCUGGUCAGGUGAACAACCCGUGUACAGUGGAGGAAGAGAUGUCCAUCUCGCUGAGAGAGCUGAUAGACAGACACGCCGGGGGCGUCAUUGGGGGCUGGGACAAUUUACUGGGGGUCAUCCCAGGAGGGUCGUCUACGCCGGUCAUACCUAAAAGUGUAUGUGAAGAGGUGAUGAUGGACUUUGAUGACUUAGUACGUGCACAGACAUCUUUGGGAACAGCUGCUGUCAUCGUCAUGAACAAAGACGCCGAUGUAAUCAGAUGUAUAUCUAGGCUUAUGGACUUCUAUCACCACGAGAGUUGUGGACAGUGUACCCCCUGUAGAGAAGGUGUUGGCUGGAUGGCAAAAAUUUUACACAGGUUUGUGAAGGGAAAUGCCAGACCUGACGAGAUCGACAUGUUGUAUGAGAUCAGCAAACAGAUAGAAGGUCACACAAUCUGUGCACUGGGAGAUGGUGCUGCAUGGCCUGCACAGGGUUUGGUGCGCCACUUCAGGCCUCAGCUGGAGGAACGCAUGGCUCAGUACCACGCCGGGCAGGAAGAGAAACAGGCUGCCAUGUUGUAUCCUCAUGCUUAAAACAUGGCUUAAGACUUGAACUUUGUUUAAUGUAACAAAUUAAAAAAAAAAAAAUGAACUUGUCCGACUUGGAUGUUCUCGUAGAGUGGACAUGACUGAACUCAAGUCUUGUACAAUGUUUUGUGAAAGGAAGACGGAAGACACAUGAAUUGCUUGCUAGCAUUUAUGAAUACCCAGGGAGGUAGAUGGUUUUGGGUACACUGAUGUUAUCAUACAUAGACUAAGGAAUGUGAUAAGGAUCAUGUUCACAUAUGCAAUGAAAAUACCACAGAUUGACAAGGGUUGUGUGACACUGAUGUGAGCCAACUUGUCCAUGAGGCAUGUGUGGAAGAAAUCUUCUUCAAAGUGAAAUUUCGAGGAAUUUUGACAUUUGGAAAUUUCUCCAUGCACCUUUUGUUCCUCAAAUUUAAAUCAUGCAGCAUGUCUAUUGGCUGCAAAGGAAAACAUUUGAAAUUUUGUUAUUUAUUUGCAUACCUUGAUUUAGGCCAUAAGAAAAUAAUUCUUGGAAAUGCACUUCAUAUUUUGACCAUUACAGCAAAAGCACCAUAUAUUUCAUGAAGUGGACAUUCGGUCUUAACUUUGUCUUCUGGAUGGUUCAAUUUUGUGUUGAAAUAAAAGUUACAAUGUAAAUAA